AUGAACAUAACCAAACUGCGAUCUCUAUCAGCACGUGCAUCAGGGAUGGACGAGCAGAUCUCCCGUUUACAUCAUCGCGAAGGACCAUCGGGUGCAUAUGACAUAUACAAUUCCAUACAGGAUCCAACCGACUCUGAGGCCAACCUGGUGUUGGACCUUGUAAGAGCUAAGCGGCAAGUUUAUCUAGCGCAAAAGACACUGGCGGACUGUAUAAUACGCGAGAACGAAGUGUUGGCAAACUUACUCCGAUAUCAAGCUGAAGAAGCAGAAAAACGACUGGAGGACGCGGAUGUUGGAUUAGGGUGCAUGCGAAUCGCAUUUAAGAAGAAUGGAUGGAGUCAUUUUCCUCAUCCGACUCAAACACGCGAUGGCCGCCUACAAACUGUGUUAUUUGUUAACUCCACUGUUGGCUGUGACUUUGGCGGAACUGUGGACUCUGUGGCUCACUGUCGUGGGAACAUGAUUUGUGUACAUUCUGUGGAGAAAUUUGUGAUUUACUGA